AAUCCCUAAGGGAAGCAGUUUCUCUGGCCGACAGGGCUGCAGGAGCAUCGCCUUCAGGUUCUCACCGUUCUGAGAAGUGACAUUGUGAAGACGGUACAGGGAAAAUAAUUCACUUCGGCUCCUGGCUAAGAUGUCGCUCUCCAAAAGGGAAUUGGAUGAGCUGAAACCAUGGAUCGAGAAGACGGUGAAGCGAGUCCUGGGCUUCUCGGAGCCCACCGUGGUGACGGCAGCGCUCAACUGCGUCGGGAAGGGGAUGGACAAAAAGAAAGCGGCCGACCACCUCAAACCUUUUCUUGACGAUUCCACCCUGCGGUUUGUGGACAAACUCUUCGAGGCGGUGGAGGAAGGCCGAAGCUCCAGGCACUCCAAAUCCAACAGUGACCGGAACCGGAAGCGAGAGCUGAAGGACGUGUUUGGUGAUGACUCUGAGGUAUCCAAGGAAUCUUCUGGCGUCAAGAAGCGGCGCAUACCACGAUUUGAGGAGGUUGAGGAUGAACCCGAGGUCAUUCCGGGCCCGCCCUCAGAGAGCCCUGGGAUGCUCACCAAGCUCCAGGUCAGAAAAUUCAUUGUUUGAUUUUUUUUUUUUUUUUUUUUUUUUUUUUUGAUGAUGGAAGCAGCCACCCGGCAGAUUGAAGAGAGGAAAAAGCAGCUGAGUUUCAUCAGUCCUCCAACACCACAGCCCAAAAUUUCUUCCUCAUCCCAAUCGGAGCGUCUCCCCAUCGGCAACACGAUCCAGCCCUCCCAGGCAGCGACGUUCAUGAACGAUGCCAUUGAGAAGGCCAGGAAAGCUGCAGAGCUGCAGGCCCGAAUCCAGGCUCAACUGGCCUUAAAACCGGGGCUCAUCGGAAACGCCAACAUGGUGGGGCUGGCCAACCUGCACGCCAUGGGCAUCGCGCCGCCGAAAGUGGAGCUGAAGGAUCAGACAAAGCCUACGCCACUGAUCUUGGAUGAGCAAGGCCGAACUGUUGAUGCGACUGGUAAAGAGAUUGAGUUGACUCACCGCAUGCCAACCCUAAAAGCAAACAUCAGAGCUGUGAAGAGGGAGCAGUUCAAACAGCAGCUUAAAGAAAAGCCCUCGGAAGAUAUGGAGUCGAACACUUACUUUGACCCCCGGGUCUCCAUAACCCCAGCCCAGCGUCAGAAACGCACCUUUAAGUUCCAUGAAAAAGGCAAAUUUGAGAAAAUUGCCCAGAGGUUGCGAACGAAGGCUCAACUAGAAAAACUGCAGGCAGAGAUCUCGCAGGCCGCCAGGAAGACAGGGAUACACACUUCCACCAAAUUGGCUCUGAUUACCCCAAAGAAGGAGCUGAAGGAGGGGGAGAUCCCAGAGAUAGAGUGGUGGGACUCCUACAUCAUCCCCAACGGCCUUGACUUAAAAGGUGGAACGUCUUCAAAGAGAGACGAGUACUUUGGGAUCACAAACCUCGUGGAGCACCCGGCGCAGCUCAACCCACCAGUGGACAGCGACACACCAGUGACCCUGGGUGUUUAUUUAACUAAGAAAGAGCAGAAGAAAUUACGGCGACAGACUCGGAGAGAAGCCCAGAAGGAACUGCAGGAGAAAGUCAGGCUGGGCCUGAUGCCACCGCCAGAGCCCAAAGUAAGAAUUUCAAACUUGAUGCGAGUACUGGGGACAGAAGCUGUGCAGGACCCCACAAAAGUCGAAGCUCACGUUAGAGCGCAGAUGGCGAAGAGACAGAAAGCUCACGAAGAAGCAAACGCUGCGAGAAAGCUCACGGCAGAACAGCGAAAAGCCAAGAAGGUUAAAAAGCUGAAAGAAGACGUUUCGCAGGGAGUUCACAUAGCUGUGUACAGGUCAGUGCUGGGGUCGAGCAAUCCAGCAAAAAAAUUCAAAAUCGAGGCGAACGCUGGCCAGCUGUACUUAACAGGCGUGGUGGUUUUACACAAAGAUGUCAACGUGGUUGUCGUAGAAGGAGGACCCAAAGCACAGAAGAAAUUCAAACGUCUUAUGCUUCAUCGAAUAAAAUGGGACGAGCAAACAUCAAACACAAAGGGAGAGGGUAAGUGUAAAACUGCCUGGGGGGGGGGAAAAGCUUAUCCUGGGACAUGGGAGUCGAGGCUUGCCGACAUGGCAGCUGCCAGAGCGGUGUUGGAGUAG